GGGAGCCGCGGCGACGACGACGACCUCGGCAGCAGCCGUUUGUGGCACGAUCGGACGGUUGCCCGGACGCCUCACGCCUCGGUUGGCAGAUUGUUGAUUGGGAGAUAAAGUGAAUUGCCCAGUGUCAGUGGUAUGUCUUGCCAGUUUUCAGAAUGGCCAUCCAUUAAUUAAACAAGUGGUGUAAGCAGAUCCUCUUCCACGAUGGAGAUCAUUUUGGGAGAAGCAGAGGCUGAACGAGCUUGGCCUCAUGGUGAUAGCAAAGACUCAUUUGGGCCAUCAACUGGGGUAACAAACAGUGAUGAAUCUCAGCUUCUGACGCCUGCAAAGAUGAAUCAGCGCCAGGCAAAAGAAGCCUAUCUCACGCCAACCAAAGACUCACUUCAGCCCUCCCUCAGUCCGGGAAGUUUUCACAGCCAGGCUCAUUAUCAUCACAAAGGUUUUGACCGAGGGAAGGAUGAUGCCCUGCAGAAUAAGGAAGAUUCAUCGCAUACUAUCUCAAAAAGCAAGUCUGAAUCCAAGCUCUACAAUGGCUCAGAGAAGGACAUUUCAUCUUCAAGCAAGCUUACAAAAAAGGAAUCUCUUAAGGUGCAGAAGAAAAAUUAUAGAGAAGAAAAGAAGAGAGCCACAAAAGAAUUACUCAGUACAAUCACAGACCCUGCCGUGAUUGUUAUGGCUGAUUGGUUGAAGAUUCGUGGAACUCUAAAGAGCUGGACCAAGCUAUGGUGCGUGUUGAAACCUGGAGUGCUGCUGAUUUACAAAACCCCCAAAAAUGGUCAGUGGGUGGGGACCGUGCUUCUGAAUGCCUGUGAACUCAUUGAACGACCAUCUAAGAAGGAUGGCUUUUGUUUCAAGCUUUUCCACCCUUUGGAGCAGUCGAUUUGGGCAGUUAAGGGUCCUAAAGGUGAAGCAGUUGGUUCCAUCACUCAGCCCUUACCCAGCAGUUAUUUGAUCAUCCGAGCUGCUUCCGAGUCAGAUGGCAGAUGCUGGAUGGAUGCACUGGAGCUGGCUUUGAAAUGUUCGAGUCUUCUCAAACGGACAAUGAUCAGGGAAGGGAAAGAGCACGACCUGAAUUCUUCAUCAGACAGCUCUCAUGUGACUUUCUACGGUUUACUGCGUGCCAACAAUCUCCAUAGUGCUGAAAAUUUCCAGUUAAAUGAUAGUGAAAUGGAAAGACAACAUUUUAAGGACCAAGAUAUGUACUCUGAUAAAUCUGAUAAAGAAAAUGAUCAUGAUCAUGAUGAAUCUGACAAUGAUGGACUGGGGAAAAGUGAAGAAAGUGACUCGGAUACAUCGGAGAGGCAAGACGACUCUUACAUUGACCCUGAUCCGAUCGAGCUUUUAAAGGAGACUGCGUAUUUGGAACAGAUUCAUGAAGAACUUGGAGAGGCUGGUGAGGCUUCUCAAACAGAAACCGUGUCCGAAGAGCACAAAAGUCUGAUUUGGACAUUACUGAAGCAAGUUCGCCCAGGCAUGGAUCUAUCUAAAGUUGUUCUACCUACAUUUAUCUUGGAACCGCGUUCCUUUUUGGACAAGCUUUCUGAUUACUAUUAUCAUGCCGACUUCCUCUCUGAAGCUGCCCUUGAAGAAAAUGCAUAUAACCGCUUGAAAAAAGUAGUGAAAUGGUAUUUAUCAGGAUUCUAUAAAAAGCCAAAGGGCCUGAAGAAGCCAUACAAUCCUAUUCUUGGUGAGACAUUUCGCUGUUUAUGGAUUCAUCCAAGGACGAACAGCAAAACGUACUAUAUUGCCGAGCAGGUGUCCCAUCACCCACCAGUAUCUGCUUUCUAUGUCAGCAACCGAAAAGAUGGAUUUUGUCUUAGUGGAAGUAUCCUGGCCAAGUCCAAGUUUUAUGGUAAUUCCCUAUCUGCCAUAUUGGAUGGAGAAGGACGAUUAACUUUCUUAAAUAGAGGUGAAGAUUAUGUAAUGACAAUGCCAUAUGCUCACUGUAAAGGCAUUCUCUACGGCACGAUGACUUUGGAGCUUGGGGGAACCGUCAGCAUUACAUGUGAAAAAACUGGAUACAGUGCAGUUCUUGAAUUUAAAUUAAAGCCAUUUUUAGGCAGCAAUGACAGUGUUAAUCAAAUAUCAGGGAAAAUUAAAUUGGGAAAAGAAGUUCUGGCUACUUUGGAGGGCCACUGGGAUAGUGAAGUUGUUAUUAGUGACAAAAAGACUGAUGUUUCAGAGACCUUCUGGAAUCCAACUUGUGACAUUAAGCAGCGGAGAUUAACAAGAUACACUGUCAAGUUUGAAGAACAGGGAGACUUUGAGUCAGAGAAGCUGUGGCAACAGGUUACUCGAGCUAUAAAUGCCAAAGAUCAGACAGAAGCUACUCAAGAGAAGUACAUUCUGGAGGAAGCUCAAAGAAAAGCUACCAAAGAAAGGAAAGCAAAGGGUGAAGAAUGGACUUGCAGGUUGUUUGAACAAGAUUCAAUCAGCGGAGAAUGGCAAUAUAAAUAUGCUGAUACGAGACCAUGGGAUCCACUGAAUGAUAUGAUACAAUUUGAAAAGGAUGGCGCCAUCCAGACAAAAGUCAGACAUCGGACUCCAAUGGUGAGUGUUCCUAAAAUGAAGCGUAAACCCAGUAGUCAACAGAAGAAAGGGCAGAGUGGGUGUUCCUCCCCAGAUCUCGAUAAUCAAGACUCCUCUGGAAGUGAAGCUCAAUUACUAAAACCAACAUCAAGAACAAGAAAGAAGGGGAUAGAUCUUGCAGAACUACAAAGUGCCAUUGAGUCUAUAAAACAAACACAAGAAGAAAUUAAAAGAAAUAUCGUGGCUCUACGAAAUCGUGUGGCUUCCAAUCCAUCAGCCCUGGACAACAGUUUCCUGCAGCAGAGGGACUAUUUCAUCAUUUUCCUCUUGAUUCUGCUACAGAUCCUCAUAAACUUCUUGUUUAAGUAGACGGCCUUGUCAGAUUGCAGCCACAGACUGGAAUGAUCAGAUUUAUACUGGGACCAUUUUUCAAGUUGGUUUGGACUUCUUAAGAAUGCAAUAUUUCCAAAAGAACCUUAGAGAUACAUCGAGAGGCUAUGCCUCAAAUAUCUUCAUGCUUAGCUGGAUUCAGAACUCUACUAUUCCUGCAAAACCUGCUGUUUAAUUGGGGAAUGUAUAAGUGCCAGUAAACUCUUACCUUUGUAGGAGUAUGUGUUUGUGUGUGUGUGUGUUUGUGGAUAUACAUAUAUGGACAUAUAGGUAUAUCUGCAUAUAUACCCACAUAUCACAUGCCUUAUAUGCACACACGUACAUUCUUAACUGACAAUAGUGUAGUGUAUGUUGUCAAAAGUUAGUGAUACAUUAUUACCGAAGAUAUUCUGCCCAGUCAUCUCAUAAAACAGACGGAUUUUUAUUAAUGUGGAAAAAAAUGGAAAAUAGACCUGUUAUAGUUAAUUAAGGCACUGCUAUAAAAAUCUUUCAAAGCACCCAGCUUGGAUGCUCUUCAGAAGCGAUGGGGUAAAACCAAUGAAUGGUGAAAUUUGAUAGAUGCACUGGGAAAGACAGGUGACAUUUGUUGGAUACAAUAAGUUUACAUUAGAUCUCUGCUAAUUUGCUUGUUCCCCUUGACAUUUAAUAACUUUUAUACAUGUGGGUAUAGGUAUGUACCAAUAUAUGUAUCAACAUAAAAAUCUCUGAGUUCUGCAAUCCUUGCUAUCAUGCUUUAUGAUGCCUCCUUGAUCCCUUGCUAAAAAUAGUUCCUCAUAUUAGGCCCACAAGAACCUUUCUGCUGUUGGCCUAUCAGUUCUUCCAUUAUGAACCCGAAUUUCAGGGAAGAUUAACGUGGCUUUUCAGUUUGAUCAGAAAUGGAUGAAAAAAAUGCUUUGGCUGUUAAGGUUCAAAUACCGACAAUUCUUCCGUAGUGUUCGUGGACGGGGAAGCAGGGAAUAUUCCUGAAGCAGUUCCCUGAAGCAUUCAGGAAAACUCAUACUAGAGAACUCAUGUCUUGACCAGGUCCACACAUCUGCACAAACUAGGCUUUUCCAGCAUUAUAUUCAGAGAGGUACAGGUUGCGGGGAACAUCCCCUAAUUCCAUAAUGGUGUUCUACCCCAAAUGUCUCCCGAAAACACCACAUUACUAAGGAAUUGACCACAGUAAAAAAUUGCCUUUGCUCUCUGAGGCUUUUUCAAAGAUUCCCUAGAAUGCAGAAAUGACCACUCCUUGGCAGCUAGCAUAAUGUAGACUAGUUUCUUUGAGUGGUUUAUACACCAUAUAAAAAGCUGAGACAGCUCAGGUUUGUUUCAUCAAUCAGCAAUCAGCAUGCUUUAGGAAUCUCUUGCACUUUUCGUUUCGAUCUUAAAUUGUUUUGUAGUAAGGUAAAAUGCAAAAUGAUAGUAAUGUUAAAGGUUUGAUUUUAAAUGCCAAAAAGGGAAA